UUGACACAGACAGAUUUUUUCUGUGUUGUUUUUAUUUUUUUUGUGUCUCCUACUCACAAAAAAAAAAUAAUAAAAAAGAAAAUUUCAAAUUCAGAAGAAUAAUUAAAAAAAUCUUGGAAAACCAAAAUUCUUAAAAACAAAAUGGAAGAUUCGCAAGACUUUUUGCGAUGCAAAACUCCCACCUCACCCGAAACUCUCGUCGCCAUCGGUAAAAAACGAAAACUUUCUGCAUCGUCUAAUGACGAAGACCAACCUGCAGUGAAAUAUCUUGAAUUGGAUGAAGUUUUCACUUUGGAAAGAUUUAGUGAUGAGGUUUUGUUUGAGAUAUUCAAACAUUUAAAUACACCUUCAAUAUAUGCAUUAAAAAAAACAUGUAAACGCUUUUGGGGUAUUGUGCAAGAUCAUCGUCUUUGGAGGGACAUUGACACAUUGUCACAUAGAAAGACUGUUGAGGCUCUGCGAGAUGUAUUGGAGCGAGCUCACAAGAAGACAAAUUCGAUUAAGAUAAGUGGAUUUUUGGGAAAAGCUGGAGAAGAACAAGACAUCGAUUUGGAAAAUGAAAAACGUUGUCUUUUACAACUUGUUAUUCCCAAAUGUGAAAAUCUAACUGAUUUGGAGCUUCAAUCAGUUUUCAUUGAUUUCUCGGCCAUUAAAAUUCAAGACUUUCCCAAGGACUUGAAGCGAUUGGUGUUUAGAGAUGUGCAUGUACGUUGGCCUGAUAAUGCACCAACAGUAUUUCAAAAGAUGGAUAAAUCUUUGCUUUGGUUGGAGGAGCUACGUGUAGAAUCAUGUACUUGGUUCCAUCCGUACGAUAUUAUGCUGUUCUCAAAGUGUCCAUCAUUGAAAUUCUUAAGCCUGCGAGGAUGCCAAAAUUUAUCAGACUUUGUUCCAUAUGGAAGCAUGGCAUCAAGAUUUGGUUUCAAGAAAUUAGAACACCUAGAUGUCAGAGACACGCCAAUUACAGACUCUGAUCUGCAGUGUUUUAAUGCUGUUUUAACACUCAAAGAACUACUUCUUCAAUGUCCCAGCCACUUGAGAAAGAAAUCAGAUGAAAGCAAAAGCUCUUUGGACCAAUUCAUUCAAUCUAACCACUUUUCGAAUUUUAUUUCUUGUAUUUCGUCUUCAGGAUCUUCUAGUUCAUCAACAUCCUCAGCUAAUUCUACAUUUAGCGAUUCUGCAGAUGGCUCAGAUCCGCCUGCAGAUAAUCAAGACGAUGCUAGACCAAGUACUUCAAGGCAACGAAAUCCUCCAGCAGAACAGGCCAACAAUGUACUGAUGAGUAUUGAUUUGCAAAAUCAUACCAGAAUGGUGUAUGGAGUUUGUGGCUCAUCAAAUCCCGAAUUCAGAAGACUUCGACACCCUGACAAUCCACAAGGAAGUUUUAGUAGUUUCUGGGAUAUGAUUUAUCGCCAGGCUGGACCCGACGGUAGACAUUACUUGCCACAAAAAUCACAAAUCUCUCCGAUCUCAAAUCGUGGUAUUUCUUGUUUUGGCCGUCCUUCUAAUCCAGUCGAUCAGAAUAUCAUUUGGAUUCGUAUUGGUGAUCGACCCAACGAUAAUUCCUUUGAAAGGUUGUAUUUGAGACAUUAUCAGCGAGUGACCGACGAUUCAUUGCUUCAUUUGGCGCAGUGUUCGCCGAGUUUAGUUUAUUUAGAUGUCACUGGAUCCGGAAUAACGCAAAAUGGUAUUGAUGAAUUUAAGGCCAGAAAACCAAACUGCGAAGUUGUUUUCGAAGAAUUUGACGAUUAAUUUUAAAAUAUUAUUCCUCGUAAGGUUUUUAUUAUUCUAUGUAGAAUAUAAGAUUGAUAUGUAUGUCUGUAGGCAAAUGUUUACAAUUGAUGUGUAAAAUAUUAAAUUAUUCUUUUUCAAAAGACGUGACCAAAAUGCGCGUAAAAAAAGUAAUUAUAAAAUACUGGAAAUAAAAAAA